UGCAAUGAUCGACACAUACCACAGUAGCUUGGCGUCCCCACCGCCGCCGCUGCCACCGCGCCACUCUCAGAUGUUCAUGAAGGCACAGGUGGCAUUCGCGGGCCACAUCAUCUUGCUCCGCUCCGUUUUGGCACUUGUCAUGCUGCACUUUCUCCUCACUGCUGGGGGUUUCGCCUUUUUGUUCUACACAGAAACAAAGGAAAAGCUGCCAGGAUCUGAUGCGCAAACAGCUUUCCAACAAAGUUCCUCCAGAGCAUUUGCCCGCAUGAUCGUGGCCAGGAUGGCACACUCGUCAGUGCAGCAAUCAACUUCAGGUUUCCUCCAGUGGAACAUGAAACACUCAGUGCGGCAUCAUGUCAACACGUAUGGAAGCAGCUGGCUGACUGUCCUGGAGCCUGGGGACUAUAUGGUCUUCUCCAGAGUGACCUUCUCCAGGGCCCAACCGGAGAGGCCCACGGCCAGUGCGGUCAAGUUGAAGCGAGGCCCGUCGGCCGAGGAGACAGUGGCCAUGCGAGCUUACUGCAGCCUUGACUCCUCAGGAUCGGGGCAGUGCACAGCUUCUGUAGGAGAGGUGAUGUCAUUGGAAAGGGGGAACCAGCUCAGUUUGUGGGUGCAGGACUUGUCGCUGGUGGACUACAGUGAAACGGCAACCAGCUUUGGGAUUUACAAACUUUGACUGGGUGGACAUCUUGACAAAAUUAAUUUAUUCCAUUGAACAAACUUUUAGUGAAUCAGAAUUAGUCUUUUCUUUGGUAAUAUUCUUCAUGACAUUUAAAAUUGUCUGAUCAGCAAAAAUUGGAUGUUCCUGUAGCUUGGCCAAACAUUUUUUUGGAUAAAUAUUUAGGUAAGAAAACAUAAUUACUUUGAAAGGUUUAUUUGCAAGAAAUGAAUAUAUACAGUGGUAUGAAAAAUUAUCUGAAUCUUUUGGAAUUUCUCACAUUUCUGCAUAAAAUUACCAUCAAAUGUGAUCACACAAAUCACACGGACGAUAAAAGUGUCUGCUUUAGCUAAAACCACCCAAAUAUUUAUAGGUUUUCAUAUCUUAAUGAGGAUAGUAUGCAAACAAUGACAGAACGGGGAAAAAUAAGUGCACCAUCAGAUUUAAUAUUUUGUGUCCACCCCCCCUUUUGGCAGCAAUAACUUCAAUCUUCUCUACAAAACUGCUGGAGUUUAGUCUUAUUCCUGUGAUGUCUGGCAUGAAUCGCUGUCAUUAGGUCAUUCCACAGCAUCUCAAUCGGGUUCAAGUCUGGACUUUGACUUCGCCACUCCAGAACGUGUAUUUUGUUCUUCUAAAACCAUUCUGAAGUUGACUUACUUCUGUGUUUCUGAUCAUUAUCUUGUUGCAGCCUCCAUCCUCUUUAGCUUAAACUGUCUGAAAGACAGCCUCAGGUUUUCCUGCAAAACAUCCUGAUAAACUUUUGAAUUCAUUCUUCCAUUAAUGAUUGCAAGCUGUCCAGGCCCUGAGGCAGACAAACAGCCCCAAAUCAUGAUUCUCCCUCCAUCAUGCUUCACGGUGAGGAUGAGGUGUUUAUGUUGGUGAGCUGUUCCAUUUUUUCUUCACACAUGACAAUGUGUGUUACUCCCAAACAAUUCAAAUUUGGUUUCAUCAGUCCACGAAAUAUUUUGCCAAAACAUCUGUGGAGUGUCCAAGUUCCUUUUUGCGAACAUUAAACGAGGAACAAGGUUUUUUUUUUUUUUUAGACAGCAGUGGCUUCCUCCGUGGAGUCCUUCCAUCUUGGCCAUAGCUUUACAAAUAGUUAAUGUGUGCUAGGGUUCUUUUUGACCUUCCUGAGUAUUCUGUGCUGAACUCUUGGCAUCGUAUUUGGUGGACGGCUACUCUUUGGGAGAGAAGCAGCCGCUCCAAACUCACUUCAUUUUUAGACAACUGUCGACUGUCGAUUGAUGAACAUCCAGACUUUUAGAGAUGGUCUUGUAUCCUUUCCCAGCUUUAUACAAAUCAACAAUCCUUGAUCACAGGUCUUCAGACAGCUCUUUUGACAGAGCCAUGAUGCACAUCAGACAAUGCUUCGCAUCAAGACAAUUCUUACCAGGUGAGUGUUUUAUAGUGGGCAGGGCAGCUUUAAACCACUCAUCAGUGAUUGGGCACACACCUGACUUGUUUGGUAAAACAUGGUUUCAAUUGCUUUUUAAGUCUCCUUAGGCAGAGGGUUCACUUUCAUAUUUUAACCCCUUCUGUCAUUGUUUGCAUGCUAUCCUCAUUAAAAUAUGAAAACCUAUAAAUAUUUGGGUGGUUUUAGUUAAAGCACUGUUUUUACAUAUCUGUGAUUUUGACAAUGAUCAGAUCACAUUUGAUGGUGAUUUUAUGCAGAAAUGUGAGAAAUUCCGAAAGGUUCAGAUACUUUUUCAUACCACUGUAUUUAUACAUACAUAUAUAUAUAUAUAUAUAUAUAUAUAUAUAUGUAUAUAUAUAUGCAGUGGUACUUCUACUUACGAAAUUAAUUGGUUUUGAAAGCAGUUUUGUAACCUGAAAAUUUUGUGAAGUAGGGACGUGUUACAUGCUACAAUUACAUUAUUGCACAAUACACAUAACAUAAGAGUUGUGCAUGAUGUCAAAAACCUUGAAUACAGAAUAAAAGUUAAUACACUCACGUAAAGCUGUCGCGCUGGGAUAUAUAUAUUGGAAGGAGGGUUUAUUUCAGAAUUUAUUUUUUUUUUUAAAACAGUAGAAACGCAGGUUGAAGUAAUCCAUGCUCAUCUUAUUUUUUUAUACACUGAUUCAUUUAAUUAUAAACAAAAUGAAUAGGUAUUGUUUAAUCUAGUCUUUGUCAAAGGAAUUAUUGGCAUUUUAACUUAAUGAUUUUACAGGGGAAAAUAAAGCUCACAGUUUUAUCAUACACGAACAUUUAUUGUGUGUAAAAAUGUCAAAUUGCCUGAGAAAACCCCGGUUUUAGUUUUUCAAGAAUUAGUGUAGAUCCAAAAACGCGACAUUUCCUAAAAAAUUUGCAGCCGCACCACAUACUCCUGGAUUUUUGUUACCAAAAUACUGUACAUACGGUAAACAAUACACUGAAUGUAAAAAGUCAACUCUCUACAACUCAAGCUCUUUGAACCCCCUGAAGUGGCUGAUGUGUCUUCAAUACUUGAAUAUUUUGAUUAAAAUAUAUUCUGGCUAUGGUGUGAUCAAACAAUUUUAUCUGCCCUGUAGUGGGCAGAUCAUG